CUGCCCGGAGAGCGGGGCCUGGCCUGGAGGAGCGGCUCUUCCAGCAGGUGCGGGACCACUUCAGCUUCGAGACCAGUGGCAACGAGACCUUCCCGCAGCGGUACCUGAUCUCAGCAAAAUUCUGGAAGAAAGGAUUUGGGCCCAUCUUUUUCUACACUGGCAAUGAAGGUGACAUCUGGACUUUUGCUCAGAACUCUGACUUCAUAUUUGAAUUAGCAGAGGAACAGCAAGCACUUGUGAUUUUUGCUGAACAUAGGUACUAUGGGAAGUCUCUUCCAUUUGGACUUGAGUCAACACAGCUGAAGAAGACUGGUCUGCUUACUGUGGAACAGGCCCUCGCUGACUAUGCAGUACUGAUUACUGAGCUUAAGCACCAAUACAAUGCUGAAGACUGCCCUGUCAUUGCUUUUGGAGGCAGCUACGGAGGAAUGCUUAGCGCUUACAUGCGGAUGAAAUACCCAAACGUUGUGGACGGAGCAUUAGCUGCCAGUGCUCCUCUGUUGUCUGUGGCUGGACUUGGAGACCCCACCCAAUUCUUCAGAGAUGUAACAGCA